AUGAAAUAUGGAAGGCUUUCACCAAGAGACACAAGCGAAGAGAUUUGUAAGUGCUGCGGUAUUGGCGAUGAAAAGUGGAAAAGCUUGAUUACGGAUGUGCUCUUCGAAGAAGAUGAUCGGGAGAUUGAAGACAUGUUGUCGAGGCGGAAGAUUGGAGGGUAUAACGAAAAUGACCUUGAUGCCGUUCUGAUCAAUGUCACGGCUCAAAACUGCACUUCAGCUGCAAGUCAGCUUGGCAGGCCGUCCGACAAGGUUGAAGCUCGUUCGGAGACAAAGACCAGCUCGACAAUAAGCUUGCAGCAAACCAGUAGUGAGGAAGUCCGAACCCAAGAGCCAGCUGUUCUUAAAGAGAUAUUGAAUCAAUCAAGGCCACCAAAGAUGCCUUACCAAGGAUAUGCAUCCGCAGCACCUGGUCCAGAACUAACAUCUCGAGACCUAAAACAAGCUGCUAGACAAGCUGAGAUUGGCGAGGCGGUUCUCAUUGGUGGUCGUGAGAAUGUUGCUCCUCAGACAUAUGCUUCGAACGGAAGCGGCUACUUAGCAAAGAUCAAACCAAAUCGGAUGAUCAGGCCAGCAAUCCGGCCCAAAGGAAAAUCCUCGCUGCAUCACUCCACGCAUGAAAGACCCGUAGUCAUGGUUGCAGGUCGAGACCAUGCUCAAGAAUUGAAAGUUGGCGUCCGUGGCGAAGAAGCCGUCUUCAACAUCCUGAGAGACAUCUUAGGGUCAGGAAUCGAUGAGUCUUCAUGGACCACCGAGUUGAGACAUCACGUUCAUGGCUAUAAGCUCUGGGCUCCAGAAGACCGUGAUACCCUCUACUCCGACUUCACUGUCAGGGAUGAGGCCGGCAAGCUCAUGAAGUGGAUGAUCGACAACGAUGUCAAAUUCCCCACAUAUUGGGAGACAGGGGAAGGCGACAUGUUGUACCAUAUCGAAGUGAAGGCUACGGCCAAAGAGCACUUCAACGAGCCCUUCUUCAUGAGCUACCUGCAGAUGGAUAAAGCUAAAGAGAUUGCUCGGUCAAAGUCUAGUCAUGGUGUAAGAGAGGCCUUUGUCAUCUUCCGGGUGUACGAUACUGAAAGUCAGGUGCCUGGGUUGGAGGUUUAUUAUGAUCCGUGGACUUUGAUCCAGGAAGGGAAGUUGACUUGUCAGGCUCAGGAAUGGAGAAUUAGCCCUGCAUAA